ACCUUGCUGCUGUGUGCGCUCGCAGCGAGAAGGAGACGGGCAAGAGCAGGGCCGGGAGGGGGGGGGGGGAGGCUGCAUUUGAAAGCCUCCUGUGGCUGUCUGACCCGCUCAGCCAGCGCUGGGGGGGGGCGGGCAAGGCCACGGGCCCUGCCGUCCCCUUGUGCGGGGCUAGGAGCCAGUGUGAUGCUCCCCAAACACGCUGUUCUGCGCGCAGCUCUUCACAGCGAACACCGCGCGCUGCGCGGCCCCUGCGGCGCGCCGCUGGGUUUCGGCAACUCCCGGGUGGGAUGCGGCCGACCUGGGAGGAGAGAGGAAGGAGGGUCCCCCGGGGCCGUCUCUGGCGGUCAAUGAUGGCCCCGUUAGCGGUCAGAGAGGGGCGUCUGGCUGCGAAGGGUGCAGCGGGCGCAAGGCGGAUCCUGCCAGCCCCGCCGGGCAGACGGAGGCUCCCGCGGAGUUUCCCAGCCUCCCAGCCAAGCACACGCGUCGGAGGCUAACGGAGCCCUGCAUACCACCGUGAGCCUGCGUUUUCCUUCAGCUGCUCCGCCGGGAUGCUGCUGUCGCUGCACCCGCCGAGACCUGGCGCGUUCUGCCGCCUUCUGGGCAGGGCCGGGGAUGUCUCCUUUCCCUCGGCUCGCCUCCUCUCCACGCUUUUAACCGCCGGCCCGGGACUGUUUGCCCGCUCUACAGCCGACCUGCCAUUCCCCGCCCCCCCCCCCAUCCACGGGCGAACAGCUCAGCCCGCGGGGUAGUUGCUGGGAACUUCACCAGCCCCCGGGCUGAUGGCACGUGCGCAGCUGCUGCGGGCGUCACGCGUGUACCUGUGCGCGGGCAAGGCGCACAAGCGACGAAGCCCGCAGGCGUGUGUGACUGCAGCCUUGUGCACGCGUGUGUGUGACUGCGUGUGGAGGGCAGGGGUGGGGGCGGGGGAGCGUGCCGCGCACGUGCCUGCGCGCCCUCUGGGGGUGCGCCCGGGCCGGAGCUCCCUCAGCGGCACCCGGGGCGGCGCGGAGGCCGGAGAGCUGCUGCUCCAGCCCACCCCGGCGAGCGGCUCCUGCCGCCCCCCGAGCCAUAGCGACGGCCGGGGGGCUGUCAGCAGAGUCCGGUUCCCCGCGGCGCGGCGCCUCCUCAGCCGGGUCCCGGGCAGCAACCGCCGCCGCCGCAUCCCUCCGCCCGCCGCCGCCGGCCCCGCCCUGCCGGGGGACCUGCAUCCCGCUCCUCCAAUCAGGGGCCGGGCUGCCUCGGCCACGUGACCCCGGCGAGCUGAGGGACCUGCUGCUUCCCCCGCGCCAGAGAGAUGCGGGCGGCAGAGCGCGAGAGCGGGCGGCGGCCGUUGGGCUGCGCAGCGCCGUGACUCCCUCCCCGCCCGGAGCCCUAUGGCAGCCGCCGCCGCCUUCGCCUCCCCCCUCCUGCCCGGCCGCCGCCGCCGCCGCGCCUCGGGCUGAGCCCGGCCGCCGGAUCGCGCCAGUGGCUGGGAAACUCUCAGGAUCGUCAUGCCGGGACUGGGCUGCCUCUUCCUGACCCGCUGCUGGCCGGGGCCCCCGGGAUGCUAGGCAGCCCCCCCGCCCGGAUCCCUCCUGCCCCCCGUCGCCCCCAGACCGCGCCGCUUCGGGGAGCCCCUGGCUGCUGCUGCUGCCGCCGCCGAGUUGAGUUAAGAAGUCAUGGUGCUUGGGGAAGCCUCCCCCCCUCGGCAGUGCGGCGGCGGCGGCUGGACACUUUGCGAUUGCUGCUGCUGGCUGCUGCUGCCGGUGAUGUUACUCCUCAUAGCCCGACCAGUGAAACUUGCCGCUUUCCCUACCUCCUUAAGUGACUGCCAAACGCCUACCGGCUGGAAUUGCUCCGGUUAUGAUGACAGAGAAAAUGAUCUCUUUCUCUGUGAUACCAAUACCUGUAAAUUUGAUGGGGAGUGUUUAAGAAUUGGAGACAGUGUGACUUGCGUCUGUCAGUUCAAGUGUAACAGCGACUAUGUGCCGGUGUGUGGCUCCAAUGGCGAUACCUAUCAGAACGAAUGCUACUUGAGACAGGCUGCCUGCAAGCAGCAGAGUGAAAUACUCGUGAUGUCGGAAGGAUCAUGUGCAACUGAUGCAGGCUCAGGAUCUGGGGAUGGAGUCAAUGAAGGCUCAGGAGAAACCAAUCAAAAAGAGACGUCCACUUGUGACAUUUGCCAGUUUGGGGCAGAGUGUGAUGAAGAUGCAGAGGAUGUUUGGUGUGUGUGCAACAUUGACUGUUCUCAGACCAACUUCAAUCCUCUUUGUGCUUCUGAUGGGAAAUCCUAUGAUAAUGCAUGUCAAAUCAAAGAAGCAUCAUGCCAGAAACAGGAGAAAAUUGAAGUCAUGUCUUUGGGUCGAUGUCAAGAUAACACAACUACCACCACAAAGUCUGAAGAUGGACAUUAUGCAAGAACGGAUUAUGCAGAGAAUGCAAAUAAACUGGAAGAAAGUGCCAGAGGGAUCUACAUUCCUUGUCCAGAACACUACAAUGGCUUCUGCAUGCAUGGGAAGUGCGAGCAUUCUACUAAUAUGUUGGAACCAUCUUGCAGGUGUGAUGCAGGCUACACUGGACAACACUGUGAAAAAAAGGAUUACAGCGUUUUAUAUGUGGUUCCAGGGCCAGUACGAUUUCAGUACGUCUUAAUAGCAGCUGUGAUUGGAACCAUCCAGAUUGCUAUCAUCUGUGUUGUAGUCCUCUGCAUUACAAGAAAGUGUCCCAGGAGCAACAGAAUCCACAGACAGAAGCAAAACACAGGGCACUACAGUUCAGACAACACAACAAGAGCAUCGACUAGGUUAAUUUAAAGAGUGCAUGUUUCCACAAUGGCAAAACUAACUGCAGAGAGCUUGGACUACAAAAUACAGUAUUAUAGACAAAAGAUUAAAACAAGAUCUACACAUGUUGCCUUGCAUUUGUGGUAAUCUACACCAAUGAAAACAUGUACUACAGCUAUAUUUGAUUAUGUAUGGAUAUAUUUGAAAUAGUAUACAUUGUCUUGAUGUUUUUCUGUAAUGUAAAUAAACUAUUUAUAUCACA